AUGAUUAUAGAUAUCUUUUGCAGUUCAGAAAAUCAAACUCAUGUUUUUCAGUCUUUGGUUGGAAGCUUAAGGAGAAUGAGUAGUCAGGAACUGGUCACUUUGAAUGUGGGAGGAAAGAUAUUCACAACACGGCUUUCUACCAUACGACAGUUCCCCAUGUCCCGCCUGGCACGCAUGCUAGAUGGUCGUGACCAAGAAUUCAAGCUGAUGAAUGGCCAGAUUUUUGUGGACAGAGAUGGGUCGCUGUUCAGAUAUAUCCUGGAUUUCCUGAGAACUCGACUGCUUUCCCUACCCACUGACUUUUCAGAUUAUCCAAGGCUCCGAAGGGAGGCUAAUUUCUAUGAACUUGAUCCUCUGGUUGAGCUUCUUGACCAAGAACUGCUAAAGUCUAAGCCUGAAAUUUUAGAGGUGCGUUUUACAUGCCAGGACACUCGAGCCUUUUUCCGGGUCUUUGGCUCCUGUAGCAGCACAGUUGAGAUGCUAACUGGGCGAAUUACAGUGUUUAUAGAGCCGUCCGCUACCCAAACCUGGAGUAGUAGCUCUUUCCCUGCUCAGACGACCUUCCUUCCAUUCCCACCACAAAGGCCUUCACACCAUGACCUGGUUUUCCAGUGUGGCUCUGAUAAUACUACUGGUAACCAGACCGAAGCCAGGUAUGUUUCCAUAAAGCCUGAUAACCGAAAACUGGCCAAUGGAACUAAUGUACUAGGACUACUUGUGGACACUUUGCUAAAAGAGGGCUUCCACCUGGUGGGCACUAGGACUGUGUCCUCUGAAGAUAAUGUCGAAUGCUACAGCUUUGAAAGGAUGAAUAGACCCGAAGACCUUACCAUGAGUGAAAGAGUGAACUCAGAGCCCACCAUUGCAGCUCAGCUGAUGCCAGUACAGUCUCAGAAAAAGAAAUGAAGUGCCUGGACUUCAUUUAGAUUUAAAAGGGGGCAUUUCCUUUAAAAAGAGCAACAUUUCAAAGGAAAAAAUAUAAAUGCACAUACAUAUGUAGACAUACAGAUCACAUAUAUUUAUACACAUAUUUGGGGGGGGGUUCAGGAAUUUCAUGCUUUGAGUAGGGUGUGCUGACAUACUGAAUUCUGGGAUAAAAAUGCUAUGUCUUUCCUGCAGUCAUUUCACAAGCAGUGAGCUGCCUCUGAGUAAGGAUGUGCAAAACAAAAUAUGUUACAUUGCUUUUAGAACUUGAAUAUAUUGGAGGACAAUGAGGUGGGCAGGGGUGGCUCUUACAGUCUUUGUUUUUUUUCUGUUUGGUGUGAGCAUUAUCCUAAAAAUUUGGGUUUUUUGUUGGUUUUUUUCCCACUUUUUCUUCUAAAAAGAAAAGUGCAGUGAAACCCAGAAUAUUUCUUCAAGUUGAUCUUUAAAAGACCUUGGAGAUUUAUUUCUGAACACACUAUAGACUUUCCUUAGAGUGUUUUAAAAUGUGCAGAUAAAUAGGAAAGAUUAAAAUGCUCUAAAGACAUUAUAGUCACUUACUAUAUAUAAAUCAGUGGGAUAGGGGCAGCUAGGUGGCGCAGUGGAUAGAGCACUGGCCCUGGAGUCAGGAGUACCUGAGUUCAAAUCCGGCCUCAGACGCUUAACACUUACUAGCUGUGUGACUCUGGGCAAGUCACUUAACCCCAAUUACCUCACUAAAAACAAAAAACAAAAAACACCAAAAAAUAAAUCAGUGAGAUAAAUAACAAAACAAUCAUUUCUCUUUUUUCCACUUAACCAGAAGUGGAAGUAAGCCUGUGUUACCUGUGUUGGGAAGUCAUGUUAAUGAAGGAGGAAGGAAAGGGAUAGUAAUAAUAGGCACAUCCUAUUCUACAAAUUUACACAAGUAGUUUUCUCCCCCUCCUCUCAGGAUAGAGGGUUGGGAUAUUUUUGUUCUUCCUUCAGUCUUGGAGAGCUCAGGGGCCACUGGCCAUCUCACUAUCUGUAUUUGUCUCAGAGGUGUUCUCUGUCUCGGACCUUUCUCUUUGAGGUCUGGAAGACUAGGAAGAUUUUUCCUUCUAACCAAGGGUUAAUUACCACAAGAGUGGCUGAAUGAGUUUGGAAAAAGUGUUUGGGGCAUUCAGUCCUAUCAUUCCCAAGGUACUUUCCUUGCAAGCUGCAACCUUCACAUCUAUCCUCAAUUUUCUAUGUGUGUGCUCAUGAAUUUUCUUAUAAAUGUGGAGUUAUUUGCCUUCCUAAGUGGGAAUGUUUUUGGAAGUUUUUUGAUAAUGGUUUGUAUACUUGUCUUUGAGCUAAAGUUUCUUAGAAUG